AUGUCUGCUACUCUGCGUGUUGAGGAUUUCACAGAAAACAAGAGACUUUUCCCGGUGCCCCCUCCAGUAAUUAAAGUGGAUGCCAGGCAGUUUCCAGUCACUGUCCACUUCAAUAAGCAUACCCCAUUAGAUGACUAUACUGGGGAGUGUUUUAGAAAGAUCUGCAAGAUACACAGGAUGCUUCCCCCAGGGGCUAUCUUGGUGUUUCUCACAGGACAAGCAGAAGUGCAUUCCCUUUGUAGACGGCUAAGAAAAAUCUUUCCAUAUAGAGGAAAAAACCAGGCUCAAGCCGUAGAAGAAGAUGACUCAGAAACAGUAAAAAAGCAUAAGAAAUCAAAGCUCAGGAAAAACUUAACUUUGCCUAAAAUAAAUUUGGACAACUAUUCGGCAUUGCCACUGGAUGAAGGAGAUGAAGACCGGGAAGCUGGAGGCGAUAUUGAUGAUGAUGAAGGGGAGGGAUCAGAUUCUGAUCUGGAUUUAGGAGAUGGAGGAUCUGAUGAAGAUGAAAAAGCAGACUCUUCCCUCCCACUCUAUGUGCUGCCGUUAUACUCACUGUUGGCUCCUGAAAGACAGGCCCAGGUAUUCCGCCCACCACCCAGUGGUACAAGGUUGUGUAUUGUGGCCACCAAUGUGGCAGAAACUUCUCUAACUAUCCCUGGGAUAAGGUAUGUGGUAGACUGUGGUAAAGUGAAGAAGAGAUUUUAUGACAAAGUGACUGGUGUAUCUUCUUUCCGUGUCGAAUGGACAUCGCAAGCCUCAGCUGAUCAGAGAGCUGGAAGAGCAGGACGUACAGAACCUGGUCACUGCUACAGGUUAUAUUCAUCAGCCGUCUUCAGUGAUUUUGAGCAAUUUUCUCAACCUGAAAUAACUAGGCGCCCUGUUGAAGAUCUAGUUCUUCAAAUGAAAGAUUUGAAUAUUGAAAAGGUAGUAAAUUUUCCAUUCCCUACACCUCCAUCUUCUGAUGCCCUGAUUGCAGCAGAGGAAUUGCUAAUCUCUUUGGGAGCAUUGCAGGAGCCUCCAAAGACUGGCAGAUUAAAUGAUCUACAGAAGGCUAAACUCAGCAGUCCAAUCACUCCUUUAGGGAAGACCAUGGCAUCAUUUCCCGUGGCUCCACGUUAUGCUAAAAUGCUUGCUCUGGGAAAACAGCAUGACUGCUUACCUUACGUAAUUACUUUAGUGGCAGCAAUGACCGUGAGAGAACUGUUUGAGGAGCUGGACAGACCAGCGAUCAGUGAUGAAGAGAAAGAGACACUGAAAGCCAAGAAGGCUCGAGUGUCACAGAUGCAGAAGAUAUGGGCAGGGCAGGGCCCCGCUCAAAAGCUUGGUGACCUGAUGGUUAUGUUAGGUGCCGUAGGUGCUUGUGAAUAUUCAGGUCUGACUCCCAAAUUCUGUGAACGUAAUGGCCUCAGGUUUAAAGCCAUGCUGGAGAUAAGACGUUUAAGAGGACAACUUACCACUGCUGUCAAUUCACUGUGCCCUGAUGUCACCAUAUUCCUUGAUUCUAAGAUGCCACCACCUACAGAAAACCAAGUGAACUAUUUGAGGCAGAUUGUGAUGUCUGGUUUAGCGGAUCACAUUGCUCGGCGGAUUCGCCCAGAAGAGCUGCUCAAUGAUAAGUGGAGGAAUGCUUAUAAGACUCCUCUUCUUGAAGAUCCAGUGUUCAUCCAUCCAAACUCUUCACUAUUCAAGCAACUUCCUGAUUUUGUAGUUUACCAGGAAAUUUUUGAAACAACAAAGAUGUACAUGAAAGGUGUUUCAUCCAUAGAGUCUGAGUGGAUUCCUGCUUUGCUUCCACAAUACUGUCACUUUGCAGACCCUCUGGAAGACCCUCCACCAUUUUAUUCUGCAGAAACAGGAAGAGUAAAAUGUCACAGGACUAGUACUUUCUAUCGAGUUGGAUGGCAGUUGCCUGCUGUGCUUAUUGAUUAUCCAGAUGGCUUAGAUCGUUACAGAUAUUUUGCCAAGUUUUUGUUGGAAGGAAAGGUGGUAAAAAAGUUGGGCUCCUACACCAAAAUUCUCUUGUCAAGCCCCACAACCAUGCUUAAGUCAUGGGCCAAACUACAACCUAGAACAGAAGUGUUACUAAAGGCCUUGGUUUCAGAGAAUGCAGAUAACCGUUCUUCACUACUGGCUGCAUGGAAAAAUGACCCGAAAUAUUUGCUACAUGCCUUUUGUCAGUGGAUCCCCGAAGCUGUACAUGAAGAUUUAUCUAAAGUCUGGCCACCAGUCAUCUCCUCUAAUUGA